AUGGGGAAAACUAAAAGGCCCAACAUUCCGGGCCCCUCACAAACGGGCUCGCCGGGUCGCACUUCGGGUCCCAUGGAUGGGUACCUCGCCACGCCGCAAGACACGCGAUCCGCACAGGCCGCUGCCAAAAUGGCGCCGGCAUCCCCGGACGCAAGCAGCAACGACAGCUUGGCACAGGGCACAGGCAGGGGCGAAUCCCUCACCCAAAUAGCAGCAGACCUGGCCACAAUCUCUGCCAAUAUGCUGUCCCGCACGGACAAGACGGAGAUGCUGGCUGAAAUAAGGACCGCGAUCAGAGAGGAGGUCAUGGAGGUGAGGAGAGAUCUGACAGCCCUAGAACGCAGAGUGGAGGACCUAGAGGCUGA